GCGGCUCCCACCGCGCCGAGCCCCCGGGCCCGCUCCGCCGCCGCCGGGCGCCGCGCCGGGACCAUGAACCCAGAGACCCGUCUGGCACCGCCGGGGCACCGACCAUGGGCGCCGGAGCCGGCCGGGCCCGCGCGUGACACCGAGAUGUUCGCAGAAAUGAGCAGGCGUCGGUGCGACGAGGGGGCACAAUGAACAGCAGCGAUGAGCGCGCCGGAGCAGACCGACCCACGUGCCCGCCGGCCGGGCCCGUGCCCGUGGGCUGGGAGCGCAAGGUGCAGGAGGGCUCUGUGUGCUACAUCAGCCCCAGCGGCACCGCGCUGACCUCGCUGGAGCAGACUCGCGCCUACCUCCUGGCCGACGGGACCUGCAAGUGCGGCCUCGAGUGUCCGCUCAACAUGCACAAGGUGUUUAACUUCGACCCGGGGGCGGUGGUGGCCGGGCGAGGGGCCCCCGGGGUCCAGGGCCAGCAGGACAUGACCAAACUCUGCAACCACCGCCGGAAAACGGUGGCCAUGGCCACGCUGUACCGCAGCAUGGAGGGCGCCCCGGGCCCCGGCUCCCGCCGCCCCGGCGCAGGUCCUGGCUUGAGCCCGCUGUUCCCGGCGGGGGGGCGCCCGGCCGUGCCCCCUGGCGCCGGCGUCCCCCCGCCCGGCACCGUCAGCAGCUUCCCCAGAGCCCCCCCGAGGGCGAAGACCCCCGAGGCCGCCCCCGCGGGGGACCGGCUCGUCCCCCCGCCCUUCCCGCGGCCCCGCGACGUCUUCCCUGGGGCCAACGGCAGCCCCGAGAGCCGCCCGCCGCCGUCGCCCCGCUUCGGCCGCCGCCUGCCCCCGCCGGACGCGGCGGCGGCCCCCCGGGGUCCCGCGGGCAGGACUAGCGCCCGCACGGCUCCGUCGCCGGCGGGGGCCAGGGAAAACCCGGCGCCGCCGGAGCCCGGGGGGCCGGGGCCGUGCCCGGCGGCCGCCAACGGUGCCCCCCAGGCGGGCAAGGACGAUUCCCCCGUCAGCGAUGCCUUAACCAACCAAAGCAGCAAUAACCCGCCAGUGCCCUUAGACGCUGCCCCCGAGGGCCGGGGCUUCCUGGGGCUGCCGCUGGGCCAGCUCCUGGCGCCGCCGGCGGGCACGGCCUUCCCGGCGAGCAGCCUGCUGAGCGCCGCCGCCAAGGCCCAGCUGGGCGGCCCCGACCCCGCGCCCCCCCCUAGCACUUUACCCCCCCGCCCGCUCGCCCCCAACGUGCUGCUCUCGGUCGCGGGCGAGCGGGGCCUGGGCAAGGCGGCCCGGCGGCCCCGGCGCCCGGACCCCGAGGACCCGGCGGCCCGCAGGCUGCCGCCCGCCGCGGGCGCCGAGCCCAAGGGGACGACGUCGCCUGCGCCCGGGCAGCCCCUCGCGGCCCUGCUGAGCCUGCUGGGCGCUCAGGGCGGCCCCGGGGGGCACGGCGGCCCCCUGGCCCCCCUGCCCGCCGGGGACGGCUCGCCCUGCCCGGGCACCGGGCUCCUGCCCGCCUGCCAGGACUUCAACAGCCAGCUCCUGGGCCUCUUCGGGCAGCUGGCGGCCUCGUCCGAACCCACCUCAGGGACCCCCCCGCAGCCAAAAGCCCCCAGCCACAGCAGCGCCCCAGGUGCCGCAACAUCUCCAGCCGUCACCAAAGGCCCCCUGGCCCUGGGGGCCGGCAGUGGUGGGGAGGAGGCCGCCGGUGGGGCGCUGGGCUGCCCGCUGCCCCCCACCGCUGCCGCCGCUGCCGAGCCCGUGGCCUUCGUGGGGCAGGAGCAGGCGCUGGCCCUGGGCGGCUCGCUGCCCCCGGGGCUCCUCCUGGGCACCCUGCCCUUUUCGGUGGCCCUGGGCCAGCACCCGCCAGCGCCCGGGGGGGACCCCGAGGGGCCGAGCCUGCCCUCCCUGCUGGCGGCCUCCCUGCUGCCGGGGCAGCCCCCGGUGCCCCUGCUGCCCCUCGGCGUCCCCCUGCCCGCCCUGGACCUGCUGCCGCCGCCGCCGGGCGCCCUGCUCUCGGCCCUGCUGCCCCUGGCGCCGGCGGGCGAGAAGGGCCCCGAGGCGGCGGCCCCCGGCCCCGAGGGCUUCCCGGCGCUGCCCGACGGCCCCCUGCUCUUCUCCGCGCUGCCCGCCUCGCUCGCCCUCGACCCCGCGCUGCUGGCCGCCGGGCUCGGCCCCCCCGAGAGCAGCCCCGGCGCCCCCCCGUCCGGCCUCGGCAGCCCCCCCGCGGCACCUACCUCGACCGGCGCCCCCCCCACGACUACUGAGGCCCCGCGCGGGGAGGGCCGGGCCCCCGACGGCCCCCCCGGCCCCCCGGGGCACCUCCACCCGCUGGGGCCCCAGCUGGGCAGCUCCCUGCUCGGCGCCACGCUGCUGGGCGACCUGCCGGCGCUGAGCCCCCUGCUCCAGCACCAGCCGCUGCUGCCGCCGCCGGGGCUGCCGCCAGGCGCGGGCCAGGGGCCGCUCCUGGGCGCCGCCAGCCCCCUGGCCUGCCUGCUCCAGAGCCUCCAGCUGGGCCCCGGGUUCGGCCCCCCCGAGAAGCCGGCGAUGCUGUCGGGCCCCGGCGCCAGGGGCUCCCCCAGCCCCCCCGACCGCCCCGAGGGCCCCCCAAGUGCCUUAGAGCCCCCCGCGCCGAGCCGGGCCGAGGCGGGCGGCGCCAGCCCCCGGGGGGGCACCCGGGGGGGCCCCGGCUCCCGGCCCUCCCUGAAGCGGGGCCGCCGCCGGGCCGAGGGGCUCAACGGGGAGACACCGGCGCCCCGCGGGCCCCCCAGCACCAAGAGCCCCCGGCGCGGGGCCGGCCGGGGCCGGGGGGGCUGGGGCGCUCGGCGCCACUUCAACGGGCAGGCUGGCGACGGGGGUGAGAAGGGGGCUCCCCCCGCCGCGCCCCCAGCCCCCCACCCCGCCUGGCGCUGCAACGGGGACAUCCCAGCUGCUGAGCGGCAGCUCAAGGCGGAGGAGAUCAAGGGGAACUCCCUGCGGCUACGCCCGUCGCGCCGGGGCCGGAGGAGGAAGGCCAGCGCCCCCCGGCCCAGCGCCCGCGUGGAGACACCGCGAGGGAGGGGGCUCAGCACCGAGCCCGGGGCCGGCCCUGCCUGUAACGUGCCCCCCCAGGUGGACCCGGCUCUGGCCCGACGCCCGCGGCCCGGGCGCCCCGUCAAGAACCGCCGGAGGAAGCUGCUGACGUAACGGUGCCGGGGUGGGGGCACCCCCAACACCUACCUGUGGAUCCGAGAGGGUCCUGGGGGGGGGGGCAUGGACACCCCCCCCCCCAACCGUUGCAGGCGACGGGCACCCCCAGCACCACUUGCCUUGGCUGCGGGCGUGUCCCCGGUCGCCUGGGCCCACCCGGUGGGGGGGGGUCUCCGCCAUGGGUGGGUGGGGGGGUCACUCGAAGCACAAGGCGGGAGCCCCCUCCCCGGACAAAGCACUUCUGAAGCCAUUUUAGCAUGCGGCGGGGGGUGGCUGGUGCCCCCCAUGCCUAGGGCAGCCCCAGCGCUGGGGAUGGGGGGGCAGGAUUGGUGCUAGGGGACACGCCGGGGGGGGGGACAGCCCUGGCACCCCCCUCUCCACCGCGGGGCGGGGGUCCCGCUGCCCCCCAUUACCUCAGGCCCGGGGGUGUCACGGCCCCACGGCCGGAUCCGCUCAGGGUUAGUUUAGUGCUAGAUUCUCACUCACCAAAAAACGAGGUUCCCUCCGUGUGUCCCCCCCCCCACACACACACCCCCCCCCCCGCCCCGGUACCAGCAAUAAUCAUCUCCGCCGGGCCGGGGGGCCGCGCGCCCCCCGCCCGGGGGCCGUCCCCGCGCACUCAGGUCGUCCCCGUCCCCGCGCACACACUACACCCCUGGCCCGCGGGUUAUGCAAAGCCGCGGGGGCCCCUCGCCGCCCCCGGGCACCUCUUCCCCCCCCCCCCCCCGGUUUUGUACAAAGAGGAGACCCCCCCCCCCGAAUUGUAGCUUUUCUACGGAGCGAGUUGAGUUAAUUUAAGGAGGAGGGGUGCGGCGGGGCGGGCGGCGCUGGGGCUGCGGCGGGGCUCUUCUCGGGUGCGUGUUUUGUAUCGAUGAUUAAAAGAUGUAUUUAAAA